AAAAGUUAGAAAACUAGUUUCUUAAAAAGAGAAAAGCUGCAACUUAAACAAAGGCCCCAAAAGCUCUUGUGAAACAAAAAGAACAGGACAAUCUUCCGGGGAUAUAGAUGUAGUGUGCACGUAUUUGCGUUUACACUGUGAUUUUAAACGAUUGCGUUGCUUGCGUAUAUAAUAUAGGGUGCUCAGCAGUCUCUACUUCACAUCGUUAUCUUAUCACCUUUUCUUGCUUCCGUCUUCGGAGACGUAUGGGCUUUGACGGCGAGGCAGCAUGCAUGGUCAGAGAGGUGUCGUCGGCUCUAGAAGUCCUCCUCGGCACGGCCGAGAGGUGCCCAAGGUGGAACCAGCAGCAGGCCUAGGGGGCCGCGGCUUUCUCGGCCACAGCUACUCCGCCGCCCGCGCCGAUUACGACGUCGCCGUCAUGGCCGCGGCGCUCACGCACGUCGUCUGCGGCGCCACAGAGCCACCGCGCGGCGGCGAGACGGCGGCGGCGGCGGCGCUUCCGCCGGGGCCGCGGCGCCAAGAUGCAGGAGGAGGAGGAGGAGCGACGUCGACGACGGAGCUGCAGGCGCGGGCGCAACAGUACAGGGGCGUGAGGCGGCGGCCGUGGGGCAAGUGGGCGGCGGAGAUACGGGACCCGGAGAAGGCGGCGCGCGUGUGGCUCGGCACCUUCGCGACGCCCGAGGAGGCCGCCCGCGCUUACGACGACGCCGCGCGCAGGUUCAAGGGCGCCAAGGCCAAGCUCAACUUCCCAACGACGACGACGACGGCGUCGUCGUCGUCGUCUGCAACGGAGACGGUGGAGGAGUUCCCCGACCUCGGGCAGUACCUGCACAUACUCCAGAGCAGCGACGACGUCGACGUGCGGGCCGUCGCGGCCGGGCUGCCGCUGAUGAACCGCCUGCCGCCGCCAGGGGACGGUCAAGGUCAAGACCACGGCAGCAGCGGGCGCUAGACACACGUGGCGUCGUCGCACUCUCGCGCGGCGCUUGUGAUCGUACGGUUCACGGGUUCAGAAGCUCUCGUUACCAUGUCAAUGCACGCGCGGUCGAGCAUUUUGCUGUCAUCAAAGAAUGUGCCAUGGGCAU